GUACUAAUUGACGGUCCCUCUUUCCUCUGUUCUGUCACUCACUGCUCGCGCACAGCUCCCGGGAGCCUGGAAACCAGCACGAAAGUCAAACAGAUAUACACCUGAUACACUAACCAGUUCAAUUACGCUAUAACCUAUAAAAGAAUUCAACCGGGAAAGAUGAUGAAUCAGAUCGAGCUCUCGGUGCCUUACGAUAAUGGAUACGAGCAGGACGAGUACAUGAUGCCCGAGGAAGAAUGGGAUCGAGAUUUACUCCUGGAUCCCGCCUGGGAAAAACAGCAACGAAAGACAUUCACAGCCUGGUGUAACUCUCACCUGAGAAAAGCUGGCACGCAGAUCGAGAACAUAGAGGAAGACUUCAGGAAUGGCCUGAAACUAAUGUUGCUACUUGAAGUCAUCUCAGGUGAGAGGUUACCCAAGCCUGACAGAGGAAAGAUGCGUUUUCACAAGAUAGCCAAUGUCAACAAAGCCCUUGAGUUUAUUACCAGCAAAGGAGUUAAACUGGUCUCUAUUGGAGCUGAAGAAAUUGUGGAUGGGAAUGUGAAGAUGACACUCGGAAUGAUAUGGACCAUCAUCCUUCGCUUUGCCAUCCAGGAUAUUUCUGUGGAAGAAACCUCGGCUAAAGAAGGACUUCUACUGUGGUGUCAGAGAAAGACUGCCCCCUAUAGGAAUGUCAACGUUCAAAACUUCCAUGUCAGCUGGAAGGAUGGAUUGGCGCUGUGCGCUCUCAUUCACAGACACAGACCUGACCUUAUUGACUACGCCAAGCUCAACAAGGAUGAUCCUCUGGGUAAUCUGAACCUGGCAUUUGACGUUGCUGAAAAACAUCUGGACAUUCCCAAAAUGCUGGAUGCAGAGGACAUUUUGAACACCCCUAAACCUGACGAGAGAGCCAUUAUGACAUACGUGUCCUGCUUCUAUCAUGCGUUUGCUGGAGCCGAACAGGCUGAAACAGCUGCUAACCGAAUCUGUAAAGUCCUGGGAGUGAAUCAGGAAAAUGAGAAGUUGAUGGAGGACUAUGAAAGGCUGGCUAGUGAGUUGCUGGAAUGGAUCAGGCGUACCGUUCCUUGGCUGGAGAACAGAGUUUCGGAAAAGACCAUGGUGGAGAUGCAGAGGAAACUGGAGGAUUUCCGAGAUUACCGGAGGUUGCACAAACCCCCAAAAGUGCAGGAGAAGUGUCAGCUGGAGAUCAACUUCAACACACUUCAAACCAAACUCAGAAUCAGCAACCGGCCUGCGUUCAUGCCCUCUGAGGGCAAAAUGGUGUCGGAUAUAGCCAGUGCAUGGCAGGGUCUGGAACAGGCGGAGAAGGGCUUUGAAGAGUGGCUGCUGUCUGAAAUCAGGAGACUGCAAAGAUUGGACCAUCUAGCGGAGAAAUUCAGACAGAAAGCCACCAACCAUGAGGCCUGGGCAGCAGGUAAGGAGGAUAUGUUGACCCGUAAGGAUUAUGAAACGGCGUCUCUGAUGGAGAUCCGAGCAUUGCUGCGGAAACAUGAAGCGUUUGAGAGUGACCUUUCUGCCCACCAGGACAGAGUCGAGCAGAUCGCAGCUAUUGCUCAAGAGCUUAAUGAGCUGGACUAUCACGAUGUGGCAUCUGUGAAUCAAAGGUGUCAAAGCAUUUGUGACCUUUGGGACCACCUUGGCACGCUCACCCAGAAACGCAGAGAGUCUUUGGAGAGAACAGAGAAGCUUUUGGAGACAGUGGAACAGUUGUUUCUGGAAUAUGCCAAGAGAUCUGCGCCCUUUAAUAACUGGAUGGAGGGAGCCAUGGAGGACUUACAGGAUAUGUUCAUAGUGCACACCAUCGAGGAGGUCCAGACUUUGAUCAAUGCUCAUGAGCAGUUUAAGGCCACACUUCCCGAGGCAGAUGGAGAGAGGCAAGCCAUUAUCGGCAUUCAGCAGGAAGUUCUGAAGAUCUGUCAGAGUUAUGGCAUCCGUGGAGACCUCAAAAACCCCUAUAGCACCAUAUCUACAGAAGAAAUUGCCAUCAAGUGGGACAAGGUAAAGAAGUUGGUUCCUCAGCGUGACAGUGCGUUGCAGGAGGAGUUAGCGCGGCAGCAUGGUAAUGAGAGGCUUAGGCGGCAGUUCGCUGCCCAGGCCAACCUCAUCGGACCCUGGAUACAGACCAGGAUGGAGGAGAUUGGCCGUUGUGCUAUGGUGAUUGGUGGAACUUUGGAGGAUCAGAUGACCCAGCUGAAACAAUGUGAGCAUGUUAUCGUCAGCUACAAACCCAACAUUGACCUGUUAGAAGGAGACCACCAACUCAUCCAGGAAUCCCUUAUCUUUGACAACAAGCACACUAACUACACUAUGGAGCAUAUCCGUGUGGGCUGGGAGCUCCUUUUGACAACAAUUGCUCGUACCAUUAAUGAAAUUGAAACUCAGAUUCUGACGCGGGAUGCGAAGGGCAUCAGCCAGGAACAGAUGAAUGAAUUCCGAUCGUCCUUCAGCCACUUUGAUCGGAAGAAGAAUAGGGCGAUGGAUUCGGAUGACUUUAGAGCCUGUCUCAUCUCGAUGGGCUAUGAUCUGGGAGAAGUGGAGUUUGCUCGUAUUAUGAUGCUGGUUGAUCCAAACUCAACAGGCGUUGUCUCGUUCCAGUCUUUUAUUGACUUUAUGACCAGAGAAACAGCAGACACAGAUACAGCUGAACAGGUCAUCGCUUCAUUCAGAAUCCUCGCUGGAGACAAGCCGUAUAUUUUGGCAGACGAGCUAAGGCGAGAGCUUCCACCAGACCAGGCGGACUACUGCAUCAGCAGGAUGCCUCCAUACACGGGCCCCGGGGCCAUGAGUGGAGCCCUGGACUACACCGCCUUCUCCUCUGCCCUUUAUGGAGAGAGUGACCUUUAACUCAAGCAACACCUGAGCUUCACCUUUCACCUUUAAAACCUUUAUUUGUUAGACUAGUAAAGUCUUUACCUAGGAGAUCAAAUGCACCAAGAAAUGAAAACAUUCAAAGUAAAUGAAAUGAUUGAUUAACUUAUUGAUUAUGAUUAACUAAUUAUUCUUGAUUAUGAUUACAUAAAUAUGAUUACCUACAAUGUUUCUGGUUGAAAUAAAAUGCCUUUUUUAGUCAUUCAAAUUCAAAUGCAUUUAUAGUGCAAUCAGUGCACAAAAGAAUGAAAGACAUUAUUAAGUUUUAAUUUAAUUCACUUUGUUCUGAAUGUUAUAACUCACACAGAAUAUGCACUAUUCUACUACUGUUAAAGUCACAAUGAAAUUAAAAACUGCAAUUUUUUAGAAUAUUGUGGCAUUUUUACAAAUUACUUUUUGGUGAGCUUCUUCACUUUAAAAAAAUCACGUGCCCUAAUAAUUUUUAAUUAAAAACGCUAAUCUCCUCCCCUCCUCGAAAUUAUCAAAAGGCGGGGCCCGUUUCAGAAGCCGUUUCACUCAGAUAUACAUCAAGACAGGGAAAAUAAGACAAUCGCUACUUACGUUUCAUUGUGACUUUAAAUUCAAAGGCAUGAAAAACUAUUUUACUGUCCUUUUAGUCAUACAGUAUAGAGAAAAUUGAUAUGAAAAUGUAACUAGUAUUUCAGAACAAUAUGUUUUUGGGGCACUAGUAAACAUCAGUAAACAUUACACUGUUAUUAUUAAAAUAAAGUAAUAAUAAUAAAAAGUUUCCACUCUC